UGCAGGUAUGAAGUGGAUGAAGUGGAGGUGGGGGAGAGCUGGAGCAGCAGGGACUGCUGUCCGCUGAGACACCGACAACACGGGCAGGAUGUGCUGUGGUACUGACGACUUUCUUUCCUGCUCUGCCUCGAGGAGGCGGUCGCAGGUGUAGCCUCUUUACUCACCUCCAGCCUACUACUACUCUCCAUCUCUCAUUUCCACACACACCACAGCCUCGCCCCCUCCCUCUCACGCACAGGAAGGUAUGUUUACGCGCCUGAGUGGGGAGAAGAAGCUCGCGGUGGAUGAAUCCCGGUGCGUCUCCUUUGUGCGCCGCGGCGCUCCGCUGUUGUGAACGUGAUGCCGGCUUUACGGACCGCUCAGAUGACCUGAAGCUCGCAGCACCCCGGCCAUAAAGAACAGUCCUAUUGAUAAUAACCAUGGCUGAUCAGUACAGUAUGUUUCUCACUACGGCGCCGCCCCUCCGCCGAGGGAGCACCCCCGUGCCGGUGAAACACCAGCUGCGGAGGGAAGAGGCCGUAUCGGAGGACUGUGACUGGAUCCCAGGCUUGGAGGAGCCAACCACGUUGCCUAUCAGUGAUACAGGAUUGCCUCGGGACGAAUCAUUCGGCCAUUUGGCAGCAGCACAACCAGCUUACCAAAGCCAUGGCGGGGCACUGAAGAUAGUCCUACUGGGACAGAACGGCGUGGGCAAGUCGUCACUUGCCUUAUCCCUGGCAGGACAGUCGGACAGAUCUCUCUCUAUAGACUCUGAGACACAAGCUUGUGGUGAGGGCUACGAGUGCACGGUGACGGUUGACGAUGAGGACAGCAAACUUAUCGUUUUUGACAACUGGAAGCUGGACCUGUCCACUCUGCAGUGUGACGUGUGCAUCCUCGUCUUUUCGGUGACGGACAGACGGAGCUUCCACCGCACCGCCCAGCUCCGCCUCCUUCUCAGGGAGUCCCAGCCAAACAUGCCAAUCAUCUUGGUGGGCAACAAGAGCGACCUUGUCCGUUCCCGUGAAAUCAGUUCCGAGGAGGCCCAAUCCAGUGCCACGAUGUUCGACUGCCUCUACCUGGAGCUGUCGGCCUCCCUGGACCACGGCACCAACGAGCUGCUGGAGGCGGCGGUGAGGACGGCGAGGGGAGACUGCGUGGGUCCGGGUUGGAUGGACGGCGACCCGGGCUCGGCACGCAGGGAGAGCCUGACGAGCCGCGCCAAGCGCUUCCUGGCGGGGCUGGUGCCGCGGUCGUACGGCCGAGACCGGGAUCGAUGCCGCUACAGGGAAAUGAGCCGCCAGCGGGGCAGCAGGAUCCUCCGGCAGAAGUCCCGCUCCUGCCACGACCUCAGCGCACUGUGACGCUGCAGACAUCCGUUAGACGCAGGGAAAGAAACACACUCCACAUCGACACAAACACCAAACUGAAAUACAUGGGCUGGAGGGACAUCAGUGCAGAGACAUCACAUACAUGAAAGUACAACAUUAGAGGGAGGAAGGAGGUCCAUUUCGCCGUGGCAGAAAAAGACUGGAUCCCCACUGAACCCACGAGUGGCGGCGAGCCUGAAACACGGGCAGCAAAACAGAUAAGUUGUGCCUGACCGGCUCAAUCUGCGGGCACAUGUUGCCCCGACAUAAGGAGAAAGAAAAUCAGCAGUCGCAUCAAGAUCCUCUUUUGAUUCUUUAUAAGAGGAAGAUGGAGUCACAAAAAAACACAGUAGCGCACUGAUAAUGUAGAGACUGUAGAGAGCAAUUUAAUGUAUACCUGUUUUAUAGCAUGCAGAGUAGAUGAUCUGAGACACGACCCUGUAGGUUUUAUAGUAAGACGAUCCCUGAUUUGCAGUACCUCAGUGGCCGAUAGCUAAUGCAAAGUCUUGCUAACGUUACGAGCACUUACAUCUCAAAAGGCCAGACCAUACGUUUUUAAAAUGUCUCGACAAUGAAUCCACUGUUUACGUCCUAUUCUGAAUUAAAGGAUUGUUUGAUAAUACCAAUUAUAACGUACAAUGUAGACUUAUCCUUAACUUUCAUUCAUACGGUUAAAGUAUCAGCAUCCAAGCCAUAUUUUUGCUGAAUGCACGGCGAGCAAUCGCAGCAUGAACCCUUUACUGCAGGACGUGAAGCAAAGGAUAAAAAAAGACGACGUACGGCGUAGAAGGCAAGACUGAACUCCUCUUCAGACGCAGCUGAGUCACAGACCACAGCGACGCUCUCGAAGCGCAAGGAGGACGAACAAGAGAAAAACCUUAUCUACCUGUGGCUGUUUGAUGUGUCCUUUCCUUUUUCUUCCCCUCUCUUUCUCCCGAGCCGGUGGAUUUAUCGUGUGUUUGAACUGAACUCUGUGGAGGGCUGGCCACACCGGUGACCCGAGAGAGAACGUACUGGAAAACGUUGUUCCCAUGUCCCGUCACGCGUGCUGGCGUCACUGACGCACCCCGACUCGUUUGUCACCGUCCAACCGAGCACUCUCAUCUUCACCCACCGACAAUAAAUCUGUUGGGUUUUUUUUUUGUUUGACAUCUUUAUGAGUACUUUGUCAUCUUUUUUGGAAAACAACACUAUAAAAUGAAAGCGUUUACCAGGUUGAGGGAUGGCGUGAUAUGCGAUCAGUCGUGACUCACAGGGGCCUCUCAGGACACUCGAGCUGCAAAAUCCACGCCGCGUCAGCACUGUGUAGCCCCGCGUCAAUCUGGGGAUGAAAGACGGCAUCAGGGGAACACCAACCGUGUGUAUUUCAGUAGAUGUGUGCUCCCAGCAGAUCCUCUUCACGGCACACGGGACGUUAUGAUGAACUAUAUAUCCAUCAAUGACCUAAAUGCAUUUAUUCCAGCAAAUUUGAACUGGUUGUUAUAAUGUUGAUUUUAAAGUGGACGCAGUCACAAUAAUUUUAACAGGCACGUGUUCUGUCCCUUAUUGGCCAAG